AUGGCGGACGAGGAGGCCGAACAGGACUGCAGCGGGUUGCGCGGUGCAAGCACACUAAAGGAAGAACUUCAGGAACGAUUAGAAGAGCUUUUAGUUGCGUUGAAGGCUAGCGUCGACUCUCCUGUGCAAUCUGCAACACUCUACUGUCAGGCGUUUUGCCAGACUCUGGUGGAGUAUGCAGGCCGCUGGAGGAUUGAGGAGAACCCGCUGCCUGUGGUGGAGGUCUACUCGGCCGCCCUGCUCAGCUACUCCCGGGCCUCUGCCUUCCUCUCCACCCAGUGUGAGAACGUCUACCUGGUGCCCGAGAGGCUCUCGCUGAGCUAUCUGGAGCUGCUCCUAUCACUCCCCGACAAUUCCCCACCGUCCCUCUGGCAGCUGUUUCAAGCUUCUGUGCAGUCUGCACAUGACCAGUUGCAGAAAAAUGGCAUUUCCCAGCUGCACUUGUUGGCCAGGUUGGCAGAGGAGUCUGGAGUCUGGAGCUGCAGCACACUGCAAAGCAUACUCUCCAACGAGGCGCCGCAAACUGACAAAGUGCAUCCAUUCCUUGCUGUGGAGGGCCCCAUUUUGUUGGAGAUGAGGAUAAAGCACCUGAUCAAAGAGGGCCACCUGAGCAAGGCUGCCCUGCUGGCCAAGGCCUGCUUCGAGUUCCCCGAGUUUGAGGGCAAGGGGCAUUUCAAACAGAUGUACCUCGUCAGCAUCUGCAAUGUGGCCGAGCAGGAGCAGUUGAUGGAGGAGAUAUCAAAGGUGGACUGUAAGGAUGCGCUGGAGAUGAUCUGUAAUCUGGAGUCGGACGGGGAUGAGAGGGGAGCGUUCACUCUGUGCUCUGCCUUUCUCACCCACCAGCUCCUGCAUGCUGACUCGUACUGUGCUUGGGAACUUACUUUAUUUUGGAGCAACCUGCUAAAGCGCCAAGAAUCGUCGGAGCAAGGUUAUCUAGAACGGUGUCGGCAGAUGUCCAAGUUAUCCAAAACCGUUUUCCACAUCCUGUUCUUCAUCAAAGUCAUUCAGUCAGAGGUCAAUGAGGUUGGCUUGCCAUUGUGCAUUGAAAUGUGCAUCAAGGCUCUCCAGCUGGAGUCUGUGGAUGGCAAGACGAGGGCCACAGUCUGCAAGACCAUCUCGUGCCUGCUGCCCACGGAUCUGGAGGUGAAGAGGGCCUGUCAGCUCACAGAGUUUCUCAUCGAGCCCACGGUAGACUCCUACUAUGCCGUGGAGACGCUGUACAACGAACCCGACCAGAAGCUGGAGGAGGAGAAUCUACCCGUCCCCAACUCCCUGCGCUGCGAGCUUCUGCUGGUCUUCAAAACCCAGUGGCCCUUCGACCCAGAAUUCUGGGAUUGGAAGGCGCUGAAGCGUCGCUGUCUCGCUCUGAUGGGCGAGGAGGCGUCCAUCGUGUCGUCCAUUGAUGAGCUCAACGAUGACGAACAGCCCGUGGAGGACGACCAAGAGCACGAGGAUUUUAAAGAUGUGACUGAGUGCUUUGUGGACACUACAAAUGAACUUAAGGAAAUAACGGAUCAGAGGCAGAAAAAUAGAGAAGUUAAAAAACUGAGGGAGAAGGGUUUCGUCUCGGCCAGGUUUAGGAACUGGCAGGCCUACAUGCAGUACUGCGUCUUGUGCGACAAGGAAUUUCUCGGACACAGGAUCGUGCGGCACGCUCAGACUCACUACAGAGACGGACGCUACAGCUGCCCGAUUUGCACACAGACUUUUGACGCCAAGGAAACACUGGUGCCACACGUAGCGUCCCACGUAAAGCUGUCGUGCAAAGAACGUUUAGCUGCGAUGAAGACCACUAGGAAAUUGGCCAAAGCGGCUGCAGCAGCACCAGCAGCGUCUCUCAAAUCGAAAGCAGGUGAAAAUCAGGAGCGCAAAGCUAAGGUGAAAACCAAUAAUGUAAACGGUGACCCCGGACAUGACACUGGGGACCCUGCACAUACUGCAGGAGUUGGGAGUGCCCAGGAAUCAGUUGAGGAAAAUGUAUGCCCAGUACCAAAUUGCAGAAAAGGGUUCAAGUACUUCAAAAAUUUGCUUAUUCACGUUAGAGACCACGGUGACAACGAAGAGGCGAAACGCUUCUUGGAAAUGCAGAACAAGAAAGUGGUCUGUCAGUAUUGUCGCCGGCAGUUUGUCAGCGUCACUCACCUUAAUGACCACUUGCAGGUGCACUGUGGUGCCAACCCCUAUAUCUGCAUACAGCUCAAUUGCAAAGCCUGUUUCAACUCGAAUGCUGAGCUUCUCGUCCACAGCAAGGAACAUGAGUACUUUAAAGCUAAGUGCAUGUUCCCUGGCUGUGGGAAGAUUUUCUACGAGGCGUACAUGCUCUACGACCACGAAGCUCAGCAUUACAAAACGUUCACGUGCAGAGUCGAUGGUUGCGGAAAGAUCUUCCACUCGCAGGCGCAGUGGGACGAGCAUCAGCAGGAGCACAUCCAGAAUGAGGAUGACGAUGAAGAGACGGACAGUGACACCACUGAACAGCCCAGUGAAAUUGCCACCAACACACACCAACUCUCUGGCCAGGCUAAUAGCCCAGUCGGCCCUCACCAAAUAGACCCAAGUCAGUUGCAAAACAUUUCCCAACGAGGUAUACAACAGCAGCAUACCUUGAUUCAGCCCUCGGAACCCCCAAAAGUCAAGCACUCGAUUGAGAACAUGCUAAAUAGUUUUGGCUCCCUCCCUACACACGAGCCUCUUGCAAAUCAAAUUAAAGCUGAGCCGGUUGACCAUACGCACUUCCCGUUGCAGGAAGUCUCUUACCCAAAAGUCCCCAUGAAUCAGCCCUCAAUGAACGUCCACCAUCCUCAUGCAAAUCAGUCUGGGCCACAGGAUCCCCAUGCAGGAGCAUACAUGUAUGAUCCCAUGCAAAGUGUGCCAAACACUGCAAUGCCCCCGGCUCCUUCAUAUCACGGUGUGGAAAACUUCCAACAGUUUCCCAUCACUGACGGUUUACAACCUCAACAUCCUCAACCUUACAUUCAGCAACCGUAUGCCCCUCAAAGUCAUGUUAACAUGAGCCACAAUGCUGAUUUUAGUGGCCAUGUCCCAGCGCCGUAUCAGAGCAUGCCAGCUAGUCAUAUGCCUUCAGUGGGCCAUGCGUCAAACCCUGUUGCGAUGAUGCCGGGAAAUAUUCCGCCCGCCUCCCAGGCCCUGCCUGCACGACUGGCUCCCCAGCCUCUUAACGGCCACUGCACCGCCACUCAAAUGGUGCACCCCCCUCCUCCUGGCCCCAGUGUUCAGACCCAGCCGGAGGUGGAGAAGGAGAGACACCGCUGCGUGUUUGAGAACUGUGAUCGAACGUACAGCUCCUACCGAAGUGUUACCAAGCACAUGAAGGCAGUGCAUCCAGACUUUUAUGUGCAGUGGAAGAUGGAAAAGAAGACCAACAGAGUGUCCACGGUGGUGCCGAGAAGCACAAAUACUUUGCCUGGUCCGCAACAACAAGCUGGAAGCAGAGUGCCACCUUCCCCACAACAGCAGAUAAAUGCUCUUGGUCAACCCUCACCCUAUCCCACACCAUGCCAGACCUCAAAUGGUCCGACUCUGUCCUGCCAUUCAAUGGCACUCUCGGAUGAAGCUCUGCCUGAUGAAAUGGACAGUAUCUUGAAUCCCAUCCUAAUGACGCAAUUGGGCAGCUCCCCUAACCAAAUGCCUUCAUUACCAUCGUCACAUGUGAACCCACCAUGGCAUGGUCCACAUUUAAACAAUGUCGGUGCUCAACAGUCAAACCAGUGCACUUCUCAGUUUAAUCCUGACCCCCAUGGACUGCAUAGUAACACUUAUACCUCACAGUAUAACAACACUGGUCAACACUCCACAGGUGUCCAUAAUCAAAAUAUGAGUCAUUGUUCAUUACAAACCUACGAAGGAAUUACAAACCCCCAUAUUCCACCACAUUUAAACAGCAGUCAGCACCUGACUGAUAAAUCCAGGGACGGAUAUCACUCUGUUAAUGGUCAGUGCUAUUCUGACAAUCUCAGUGGAAGAACACGGUUUCCAGCCGUUAGUCAUGUGACUCCAUCCGACAUGAACAGGACUAACAACGCCAUGCUCCCAUCGCAUAUGAGCACAGAGUCUGGCCCUUCGUUGCCCUCGUAUCAAAAUAAUUCUGGAGUUAAUGAGCAACACAGGGGUCCGCCAGCACAUCCAUACAACCAACAAACACCAAUUAAUUCCGUGCCAGUGGUGAAGCAAGAGGAAAAGGAUGUGGAUGUGAAUAAAACAAAGACGGAAGACAAUUCUGACUCGGGUAAAACAGGCAAAGAUUCUCAAGACAAUUCAGAGAACGGGGAGAAGAAACGAAAGCGAAACAGAAGGACAAAGUGGCCUGCCAUUGUACGGGAUGGAAAAUUCAUCUGUCCUAGAUGUUUCAGAGAAUUCCAAUGUCCUAAAUCUCUUGGAGGUCACUUGUCAAAAAGAUCUCACUGCAAAGGUUUCGAUGAAACGGACCUUACUGCAAGCUUGCCAUCAUCGUUCCUUGAUUUGCUAAAUUCACCACAUAUUACAAACUCCCCACAGUCUGCCUCAUCACCACAGUACAACUUCAAAGAUGAGCCUUUUGAGCCCAUCCCCAAAGGCCCACUCGAUCCUAAAUUAUUCCCCAAUGUUAGCUUCCCUCAAGCAACUAGCAACUCGUAUAGUGUUGACCAAAAUAAUGUGAUUGCCAAACAGGUAUUGGAUCAUUCAGCAAUUCCUGGUUUAUAUGACGCACCGGGGCAACAACAGGCUUACCAAAACCCCAGUGGUAGCUAUUCAUCAGGCAGACUCUUGCAUGACAAUACAGUGAUGCAGCAUGCGGCCAAUGAUCAACUGAAGACUGAAAGUCAGCCUCCCGGUCAGACCUACACUCAGUCUUCUGACCCAUUAUUUGGGGAUGACUUUGGUGACCCUCUGAUCUCUCAGUUCUUGUCUGAAAACCAGCCACUCUCCUCUCUAAAUACUCUUCCGCCAGAUCACGUCAAUCAAAUAUUGAGAGCGGAAACUCUAAUGAAAAUGAAGGAGAUUAAAAGUAAGGCCACUGCCCCCAAUGCAACUGGCCUUUCAAAUGACGGGCUUCUUUCGGCGAUGGCCAACCUAGCUCAAAACCUCAUGACAGACCCACACCAGCUACUCGCCUCCCCAGACAGUCAGACCUCAUCAGGCUCUGCUGGCCUUUCAGCUGACAGCCAAAAGGACCACUCCGAGCAAAAUGUUAAGAAAAGAUUGCGUGAGCAAAUCCUCUCCGGUGAGAUUCACAGGAGAAACAGCUCGUCUCAUACACCCAACACUGAGUCUAGUGGCAGCUCCACACCUUCGUCAGCCUCCAAUCAGGCGAAAGGAGUCAAUAUGGUUUCUCCUCCCUGUAGUAUUGGGCCAAUGACCUUUCAAGGUGAAGAGAGAUUUCAACUGGAUAAUAAAGUUAUGGCCACUGCAGCACCAAUCCCACCUGUCAGUGCCAUGCCAUCGCUACAGAAUUGUCAACCUAAUGCUGGGCUCACACAAACUCAUCAGAUGCCCUUAGCACAAAGUGCAGAGGCAGGGACAGACUCUAAACAAGGUAUUCUGCCCUCUGAAGGUUCAGUUGAUACCAUGUUUGAAAUUCAGAGGUAUUUUGAAAUGAUGGACUUGGAUAGAGAAGGCAUCCGUUGUGCUGACUCUGUGGAAGCCAAGGUUUCCAUCGAGCCUACUUGCAGUACCAACAUAGUUGAUUCAAAUAUUAUUACCAGUGGAGAGACACCUUUGGAGACCCACGCUGACUUCCAAAAACCAUUCACCUGUGAUGUCCCAGAUUGUCAGUACAAAGCUAUGACAAAAGAUGCACUUUUCAAACACUUUUAUAAGGCCCAUAACUACUCUGAAGAGAUGUUAAGUCAAUUGAGGAAAAACUUGAAAUUUGCUCCAUUCAGCUGCCAAAUGUGCGGCAAGACUUUCACUCGUAAUUCCAAUCUUAGGGCUCAUUGCCAAGUAGUUCACAGCCUCUCGCAGGAGGAGAUGGUAAAAAUGAAAAUUAAGCGCUCAUAUAAUAAAAGAAUGGAAGGCGCUGAUGGGUCAACCACUCAUCCACUUCAGAGUCCUGCAUUGCAUUCAGAGUACCAACAGAAAAACAGUCAGAGAGUACCCAACCCAUUGGCUGAGUUGGAGAAAAUCAAACCAGAGUGUCUGUUGGCUCCAUUCGCACAUGCCACUGCACCAAGCGCCACCUUUUCAGAUGUGACACAGGAUAAGCCUCAUCAUGCUGGUUCACACAUGACACAGCAAAUUAGACCCAGUCAUACAGUCACACAGGCAACUGUUCAGCCUGAAAUGGUUCCUACUGGACCAGUCCCUGUGAGUAAUGUAAAGAUGGAACAGAGGUCAAAGAUCGACCCGCUUCCUGCACAACAUCGACUUCAAGGCCUGCAAGCUAGAAGCUCUUUACCAGUAGAGAGUCCAUCUCCGUACCACGAUAGGUCUGCCUUGCCCCCCUCUGCAAAUUCAUGCAGUACACUGUCUCCAGAGAAGAACGCUAAACCCACAAACUCGAGAGUGGCAAAGCCCAGAACAGACACUCCCAAAAAGGCCAAGGAGAGGAAGCCAGAGACGGAGGAUGCGUUCAGUCCGUAUCGUCCGUAUCGCUGUGUUCACCAGGGGUGCACAGCAGCCUUCACCAUUCAGCAGAACCUCAUCCUGCAUUACAAAGCCGUUCACCAGUCAGCUUUGCCACAUCUACAGAUUAACAAUGAGGGGGAGGAUGGGGACCAGGCAGAGGGAGAAAAUGAGGAGCAGGAAGAUGAGAAUGAAGCAGAGGGUGAGGUAACACCCAUCACAGAGUUCAGGUGCCAAGUCAAAGACUGCUCUAGGAUUUUUCAAGAGGUGACUGCUCUGCUGCAACAUUACCUGCAGCUCCACAAGUUCAAAAUGGACAAGGCGGGUGCCCUCCUCUCCAGCAUCAACCUGGGCCGGUUUAGAUGUGACCAACCUGGAUGCACCAGGUCUUUCACAGCUUUUUGGAAAUAUGUUGCCCAUACGGAAAAAGAUCACAAGGAGGCCAAAAUGCCCAAAGUGGAGGCUGUUGAGGGCAUGUUCAGGUGUGACGUUGAAGGCUGUGACUGUGCCUACACCACCCGCCACAACCUGCUGCGACACACCAUGAAAAAGCACCAAGACCUGUACAAACUCCAGCUCAUGAAUCAACAAAAAAUUGAGGAGAGGACAAAGCCAAUAUCCAGAAAGGCCCAGUACAGUGACUCUGACGGAAAAGAAAACAUUGAGAACAACACAAAGAUGACACAAAAGGUGAGCGAUAAGAAAAGAAAGGAUGUAGAGGAGAACCACUGGACAAAGUAUGGAAAGCCGUCUCUGAAGGGAAUGGACGAGGCUGCCGCUAUGUGUACGAAAAACUUCCCCUUGCAGUAUCCGUGCAUGAUAAAGGGGUGUGAGUCAGUGAUGAACUCUGAGAAAAAUGCCUUUAAGCAUUACGUCAAGCACGGCCUGUCUGAGAAGUAUCUCGAAGAGCAGAGAAGCCAUUUCAUAUUCUGCAAGAAGAUGCCGCGCUCCAAAUUCCGCAGGUCGACCAGAAGUGACGACACGGAGGAAUCCGAGGACUGUUUCCUGGAGACUUCAGAGUCUGAAGAAACCGGCCCAGAUGGAUCUGAAUUUUCAAAGCCGACGUCAGAAAAGGAGAGCACAGAGCCUGAACUAUCGGACACGAAGGCGGCUAAUGAAGGGUCGUCUGACUCGUCGGUGGUGGUGAAACGGAAAAGGGGCCGCCCACGAAAAACAGAGCGUCGUCACCGGGCCCCCCAGCAACGCAGGUCAAGCGGUAGAUUGAGAACUAGGAAUCACUCCAUCAAUUAUGCCGACACUGGCUCAGACUCCAACAUCUCAAGCCCAGCCCCAGCAGCAGAGGACAAUCCUGAACAGGUGGCUGCAAUAAACUCAUUCAGGCCUAUGGGAUUUGAGAUGUCGUUCCUUCAGUUCCUGGAGAAGAAAUCCUGCAGCUCUUUAAAAAGACGCUCCAGUGACGACUCGAUAGUCGACCUCCCGUGUAAACGAAUGUCCAACGUCCACCUGAAAAACGCCACAGUCCUGUGCACACGAGCGGACACUAGUUGUUAUUACAAAGAGAUUCAAAGGUAUGUGGAUUUCAGAAAUCCAGAAAAGCUGACCUCGCUCAGGAAUGUGACGUUUGCGUUAGAGAAGUCGUUGGCAGGUGUAGCAGACCUCCUCCUUAGGCAGCUUCAUGAAAUGCGCCCCACUGUUAUUCUUCAUAAAUAGCCAGACGCUCAAUUACAAAGACUUACUGACUGACUGCCUGAAUGUCUUCAUUUUAAGUAAUCAGUACUCAGGAUUUGGACUGCUGCAACAUUUGCUGCGGAAUGGUGCCCAUUAACAUGGAUUAUCUUUGUGAAAAAAAUUGCUCAUUUUAAAAUCAUGUGAUACUAGGUCUGAACAGCUUGCGUAUUGACAUGUUCCAGUGAAUUGAAAUAUUAAGAUUCGAUCACCAAAAAUGAUCAUAUGUUCAUUUUAACGUUGCUCUGUAGUUGCAGAGUUAACUCUUAUAUAAUGUGAAGCAUGGUUCCCCCACCCACCACCACCCUUCUCCAUAUCAUGUUGCCUUGGUAUUAUGUAUUUAAAAAAGAUUUUUUUUUAAACUCAUCACAUCGUCCAGCCCCCUUUGGUUGUAUAAAAUAAUGUGUAGGUUCUGUGGUACUCCUGGUAGAUACUUAAGUGGUUCUGAACGAAUUAUCCUUGUAAAUGUGUAAUUGUAGAUAGUCCUCUCUGUCCCUGUGUACAUAUUGACUAUGAGACUGCUGCAUUUACCAGCUGUCGGUCAGAAGAUAAAAAAGUGUUCCUGUGUUUCUGUUACUAAACAGACAAUGGUUGUCCAUCUUAUACACGCCUUUUGUUUAUAUUGUAUUUUUUGCCUUUCUUGAAUGAAAUUGUCUUAAAGCCCAUGCUUAAAGCAUAUGUCACAAACCACCAUCACUUGGUUGUGAUUUCUCCACCCUCAGAUGAAGUAUAUAGCAUCUUCAUGCCUUUCUUGUUUGUCACCCAACUCGCAAUACACCAGCAUUUUUAUAUACUCCUGGGGACUGUGGUGGAUUACUUUUAUUUUGAAAUCAAAACGGUUCCAUUUGUAUGUAAAACUGCAGACACUGGAUGCUUUAUUUGAAAGAUCUUUAUUAUGUAUAAAAUGGUUUCAAAGAAUA